AUGGGCGCUGUCGACUGGUUCAGUGGAAGCUCGGCGACUGCCGCGGAGACGUUGAUGGCCAUUGAGGACGGCCACAAGCGCGUCACGAGUCGCUUUGUGGGUCGGAUCCGACUCCAUGGAUCUGCGAUGCUGAACGCCAAGGGGCUCUUGCAGCAGACGGUCGUGACGAAAUUGUACCCGAUUGUGCAGCUCCGUCUACUGCCCAUGCGCCGCUCGUCGCCGUUCAAACAGGACAGUGGACAAGGAAACAGGACUGUCUCUACUGCUGCUGCUGCUGCUACUCCUGCUGCUACUCCAUUGCAGGAGCGGCAUUUGAAGCAUGUCGAGUCAGAGACUGCACCUGUUUGUGGGCUGAAGGCUUCGUGGUUCCACUCGGAAGCUUGUGACCGCUUUGCAGAUCAGGUCAAUUGCUUGGUGCAGGACUCGAGCAGUACGUUCGAGAUGACGAGUGAAGGCUGUGGCGGCGUGUACUACUUGAAAAUAGACACGGCGAAGCAGACGAAGCCGAUGGGUGUGUUCAAGCCAAGAGAUGAAGAGUACAUGGCUCCGAAUAAUCCGCGGGGAUACGUGAAGGAACACGCAGUAGUGGGGGUGACGGAGCACCCGGUGAACAAGGGAUUUCGCAUCGGCAAUGGCGCUCUGCGUGAACGUGCGGCCUAUUUGUUGGAUGACGCUUAUGGCAACUUUAGUGGUGUACCUGUGACGAAUUUAAUGGUGUUGAAUGUGGGUGGAGAAGAGAAGGAGGGAUCGAUGCAGCAGUUUGUGGCCUCGCAGUGCUCAGCGGAAGACAUUGGCACGCUAAAAUUUGCGAUCCCUGAGGUGCACAAGAUUGGCAUUCUGGAUGUGCGGCUGUUUAACACGGACCGCCAUGCUGGCAACAUUUUGCUGCAGGCGCGGGCCAAUGACCAGACUUUUGGCAUAGUACCGAUUGACCACGGCUUUUGCUUGCCGUCGUACAAGCAUUUGGAUGGCGCGACGUUCGACUGGCUGCAGUGGCCUCAGGCUGAAUUCCCUUUUACAUGUGCGGAGCUCGAGCACAUUGCGUCGCUCAACGAAGAGCGCGACGCGGCCGUGCUGCGUGCUGUUGGAAUUGAGGAGGAGUGCGUGACGACGAUGCGUGUGUGUACAGCGCUGCUGAAGCGUGGAGCAGAGGCCGGGUUUUCGUUGUUCGAGAUCGGCAGUCUGUUGCAACGCGACGGUGACUUUUCGUCGCCUUCGCAGCUGGAACUGGUCGUUGCCAAGGCGGUGACGGCUGUCGAGGAGGACAUGGGCUUGUGCGCGGACAAGGAUGGUGUCACCUUCUUUGAUGCUGUCGUCGCGGAAGUUACGUGUCAAGCUGAGAGUAUGCUCGAGGGCCAGACGAAGAAGAAAGUGCGCAGCAUUAGCUGCUUCAGUUGA